UUGAGACAGGUUAAAUCGCAAUAAAAACGGGGAGCGAAGCAGAAUAAAAGCGGAAAGCAGACCACAUUACUUAACAUUUUAAGCGCUAUAUAUACUAAGCAUGCUUAUACUAACAUCAUAAUAGUAUCACGUGCGCCAGCUAAAAUCUUAUUCCCUAUUUUAAAAUCAUGUACGUUUGAAGAGUAUGAUAAAAAAAAUCUAUACGAUAAUCGAAUACUAUUACGGGAAUGAUAACUUGCUGAUAAAAAUAACUGAUCAAUUAGUCAGCUUUGGCCGAUGCCAAGGGUCUGACUUGUGCAGACAACAUUCAUUGCAAUGACGAUGAAUCAGUCCAUCAGUAUAGGAUUUAUACAAUGUGUGCGUAGAAACACAAUUCAAGGAAAUAACCUUCCUACAAUUUUGAAGUUAAAUUUGAAGUUUUAAUACUUUAUCGAAACAAACUAUAUAUGAUCACAGAGCAUAUAGCUAUACGUUUUAUCGUGACGUACCACUUUAGCUCUAGCUAAAGUAAGCAUUGCGAAUUAUUAAAAGUUGCACUCCGAAAUGUCGUUUGUUGAUUUUGUAAGCAAUCUGAGGAUUGAAUUUGUUGUAACACAUGCAGGAUUUAAGACUACACGGGAAUGAUAUAUCUAGCGAUAUUUAAGCGCAAUGUGAGGUGUAGCAAUGUUGAGUCGUUGGCCGUUGGUCUAUACUACACCCGCCCUGCUGCGCGGGUGCAAAAGGGCCCAUCUCGACUAACUAGCAUCAACGAAAAAACUGAUAACUUUGCGCUUGUUAUGACGAAAUGGAACCCCGCUGAACUCAACGUCUAGAAAUAAUACGGAUUUCGCGGGCAGCGCGACUUACAGACGCGCGCGCGGUCUUGUAAACGCCCAUAGAGGCGGCGGUCACGGCAGGUUACGGCCGGGCUAACAAGCGCUCUCACAGUGUACGCCAUACCGACUCGAUGACAGCUCACGCGCCAGCGGGCGAGCCGCGGUCUCGGCUUGAGUUCGCUUCCUCGCGCAAAUGCGGGCGGCGAGCGUCUGCCGCGCCGAGCAACAAUUAGUCGCUUCACGCGUGCGUCUGUAGCACGUUUCUGUAUGUACGUGUGUGUGUGCGCGCGCGCGUCUCGCCCGAGUUCUGUCCGUCUGAGUUUGCGUGCGCAUCGCUUGCGCUGCCGUGCGCGCUCGCUUUCUCUCUCUCUCUCUCUGUCUCUCUCUCUCUCUGUGUCUCUCUCCUCGCGGCCAAGCACCGACCGGAUUAGUUUACGACGCGGCCACGCGCGGAGGCUGACGUCGCCAGCGACAACAACUCUUGUACACGAGGCAUAUAGAACGCACCGACGAAAGAUUGAUUUACUCACACUGUCCGAGGGGCGUAUAUAAACAGCGGCGUGCCAUCGGCGCAGAAUUUACUGCCGAAUCGCUUGCGUCGACACUCUUCGACUCUUUUUUUCACUCUACUCCGAGUGUACAUUAUAUACAUAUAUAUAUAAAUUGUGGACCGCCGGAGCGGACAUGCACCUGUGGGCGAGCAGGAGCCUGUGUGGUACUGCGCACUUGAAAGCUAAGCCUGGUCGUAUUGACCGGUGGGUCAGCGCUGGUCGAGAGCGCUAGAUGCUCGAGUGUGUUGACAGCCGCUGACCGAUCGAAGCGCCGUCUGCGAUUAUGCGCGCGUUUGUGUACUAAUGAAAAGCGCGCCGCGAGAUUCGUCGCUCGCUCGACGUCUCCGCCUCGCAAGAUUUUCGCCGACUUCCGCAGAAAGUCUCCAGCCGCGAAACAGCUUUGUGCGCGCUCGGCUCCCCCGAUCGCUGCGAGCAGAAAUUCGCGCACGGAAACUCGCGUUCGGACCUCGUUGCUUUGUUCUCUUUGCGAUUGAAAGGCGCCCGUGGUUCUACGCCGUGUUGUUGACGAUCCGAGCCCGCCCAAAAAGGUUCGCUAUACAUGUGCGGCGGCGCAGCGGCAGCGAGGCAGAGCGCGCCUAGCAGAGAGCCGCUAUACGCACAACUCGCCCGUGUUCCCGCCGUGGAUUUCUGAUUGCGCGUCGCGACAGUGUGUUGGCGGCUGCGCCCCACUCGUCGCCCAGCCUGUCUGUCAUGCAGAACGAGUGCGACGUAACGCUACAGCUGACGUACUACGAGCCGUGAAGGAUGAUGGCACGACACGCGAGAAGGACGACAGUCGUACUUGCUGUGUUUCUAACCAGCAUUUUAGAGUUGCUGGCGGCUCCUGGUCAACAAGCAGAUUUUACACCUUGCGAUACUAUUGUGUACAACGUGCAAGCUCACAGACCGGAUGUCCGGAUGCCACCUCCUGUUGUAGGCCGUUGGCUGUCAUCCAGGUGUGAAAUCAGACCAGGCCCGGAGUUCGUCAUUAGAGACUACACGCUCUUCAAAAAUUCGACUUUCGUCGCGCUACAGUACAUGUACGCGGACAGUGCCUGCAGUGCGCCAAGUUACGUAAUUAUAUCCAAGGGAGAGUACAGCUUCGCGCAGGCGUCCUGGAUCGUUCCCGGAGGAACAGAGGUCGACUAUAUCCUACAGCAGGUGUUCAUUAUGGGAUAUACGGACAAGAGCGCCGAGCUUCUCUACCGCAACAUCAACCGCACCUGCGCGGGCAUCGGCAAAACAAAAUGGCUGCCGGGUCAUCUGUACGAGAUCUUCACGUUCAUGGAGGUGCCGCGACAGCGAGGCAACAAUGUUGAUCUGAUGUUUCUCGAUAAAGACUGCACGACGGCGAUCAACUUCGCUUUACACGAACUGCAGCUGAUGAGGGUGGAGGAGUGGACGUCGCGCGAUUCGAAAGUACUCACUAGAAAAGAGCUCUUUCUAGGCGACGUACAUACGGAUAUGGGACUCCGGAAGUCGUAUCGUCCGACUGGCUACCAGGUGUCACUGCGCUCGGCGGAAGACAGCGACGACAGCGACGCCUGCCGGACAAUCGCAAAGAGCGACGUCAUGCAUCCGCCGGUGCUGGUCGCCGCGCCGGUGCUCUCCGUACAGUUAGAGGGCACGUGGGUGAGCGGCAUGUGCGAGACACAGCCGCAUGGCAUGUUCGUCAUGCGCCGGAUGACGUUCGUGCGCGACGGCAGCACGUGGCGCGCGCGCUACCACUUCUACGCCGACGCCGACUGCCGCCGACAGAGCUACAGCGUCGCCGCCGCCGGCAGCUACGCGUUCCGCGCCGCGUCGCGCGCCAUCCGCGGCGGGGAGCGCUACGACCUGCUCGUUGCCGACGUGAAGGUGACGCCGCACGACGCGACGGCCGUCGUCAACAUGAACGGCGAGGUCGGCGACGACUGCGCGACGGACGGCUCGUGGCGACUCGACGUCGAGCAGGACGUGACGAGCACGCGAGGGUGUGCCACCCUCGGCAUCGCCGUGCCGCACGUGCAGGCCGACCUCGUGCGCCUGCUGCCCGACGACGCCGGCGGCACGCGAUUGUACGUCGGCCGGCAGCCGAGCGACGGACGCUUCCGGCCGACGUACAGGCCGACGUCGUUCCAGCUGCCGCUCGUGCAGUGCAAGGAGACGCCGCAGACGACGAGGUGGAGUGGGAAGCGUACGUCGGAUGGUGUCGGCUCGACGUCAGCCGACCAUGGGCUGGUCGCCAUCAGUGCGCUGCUCACUUGUUACGUGUUGUUGGCGACGCACGCGACGUUGCGCGCCGCCCUGACGUGAUCGUCAGUUUAGAGUGAGUUCUAUGGAUCACGCAGCGAUGCUGCAUCAGAAUUAUAUUUAAGAUGAAACAUGUAAAUAUGUUAAUAUGUACGAUAAAAUCACGAAUAGACGAAACAUGCAGCUAAAUUACAGUUAUCUAUUAAAUCAGUCACUAUGUGGUGUAAGAACAUUACGUGGUAUAAUAUGGCAAUCGUGUAUCGUGCAUUGUGUCAAAAUCUCAAAAACCGAAAAAUAUCGAAAACUCUCAGGAACCUCAUCCUCCAAGUUCUUGACCAUGCGUAGGGGUUAAUUGGCUGCGCCAACCGUCGAGGUGGCCAGGAGCAGUUAUCACGAGUGGCAGUCACAGUUCCAUGCAGGAAUAUAUCCACUCAGUUCGACAUUAUAGCUAGAGCUUAGUGUAAUAUUCUAGGAAGAUAAUCAUCGUAGAUGGUGAUGUAUCAUACUAUCAUAACAAACAAUUAGUGUGUCAGAAGUAACCGCAUAAUUAGCUGUUCAAAUGCAUGCCAAAUGUCUCAUAUAACCAAGGAUAAGGACAGAAAGGGCAGAUGGAUUCAACAAACGAUGAUAUUUCCUUUUACAAAAUGCGAACACAACAAUCAACCGCUUCAGUACCUACUUAACAAUGAAUCAGGGUUCGUUUUGCUGUUUGAGUUUGAUCUUUUUUGCAUAUCUUUGUCCGAUAACUCUUCAUGGGCAAUAUUACAACUAACUGCGUAUAAUCAAGGUAUAAUAAUAUGUGUGCCACCAAGGAGCAAGGUGGACAGCUAGUGGUUAAUAGAUUUAGUUCUGGAACCAUCGGCAUGGGGUUUCCAGUGUACGCUGCAUUUUCUGAAAUGCAUAUCACCUUUCAGUAACAAAUGAUGUCAACACUAGAUAUAGCGCGAUGUUAGUUAACGCUAUAAAAAAAUAUUCGUAGAUUAAUUUUGUAAAUAAACUGUCAUAUACAACAGUUCUUUGUUAUCCGAUUUAUCUGCAUGUACGUUGAUGUAUGACGACCCUAUAAAAAUGCCUACAUCUUUUCGGUAUGUAAUAUAUGCGUCUGAUGUCUUGAAUUAUAUAACAUUGGUUAGCUAAAUAGUCUAAACCUUACAUGUGGAUUUUUUAUUCUUUAUUCAUUACCCGUGAAUUGUGUGUUACGGUUCUAUAGCUAAUGGGAAGGAAAUCGUAAAUAUGUUCAGCAUAUUCUCAAUUGAUGUAAUUAACUAUAUAAUUAUGAUGCUCAGAUAGAUAUUCACUCUCGACUUGGAUUUGAUUGUUGUGUACUUUCUUAAAAAGCCCUAUUAAUUAUACUAAAUUGCUUGGUCUUUAAUUCAGUUAGUUUCGUUUGUGAUAUAUGCAUAAUAAUCGUAUAGUAUUACGUAGAAUAUUCCGGCUAUAGCGUCAUUUAAAUAUCGUACAUUACGUAGGCCUAUCGUAUAACAUCUAAACAUUUAUCAGUAUUAGUGACACAUUUUAGCAUUACUAAUGAUAAGCCUAGGCAUACAUGCACCCGUUGCUUAUAUCACGUCGUGGAGGAUAUAUUAGGACAAACCUGGCAACAGAUGACAAUAAAAUGAAGAUGAUAUUAUAACGCACGUGCGCUGUCGAUUGCUGCUCGCAAACAGCUAUACGUUAUGAUAAAUGUUAUUUCCUCGUUCGUACUACGCGCAUUCAACGCGGUAAAGGAAACUGCCGUGAGAAUUAAUUUUGUCUCUGUUAAACUUGGUUAAACAAAGGUUUCGUAUUAUUGCCAUUAAACUAUUACGGCAUAAUGCAUUUCAAACGGUCAAGUGGUGAUUUAUAUUUUUGUUGAGGAAUUAUACAGUAAGGUUUUCAUUUAUGUCGUUUAUGUGAAACUGUAUAUCGAUAAAUUGGGUCUUGUUGAGAUAAAUUGAAUUCGUUAUAUAUAUAUAUACUAAGCCUAUGCGAAAAUGAUAUUUGUUAAGAUGCUUUUUUGGUCAAAUAUAAUUCAUUAUAUAUAUGUACGUUUUAACUUGUGAGAUUAGAAUGAUAAGGUGCAAA